ACGGGGAAGAUCCCGCACGGCCCUUUUCUGCACCCCGCUACCUUUAAAAUAACGACAGAUUACCGGCUUUUUUCUCGGGGAUUCCUGGUGGGUUUGAGCGAUAAGGGGAGUGCAGGCUUGUCGUCGGUUUCUUGCCGAGACGGCGUCAUGCUGGAAACAUGAAGUAGUUGCCCUCUCUCUCCUUCUUCCCGCUCUCCCUCGCCCUCUUGCUGCCUGCCGCCUGGUUCUGUAAGCGAGAGGAUUAAUCUAGCGCAGACAUGCUUUCGGAUCUGGACGCGAUUGAUGAUGCCCUGGCUAAUGCCGGUGCUCGGAAUGCCAGUAAAUUCCGCCCGAAGGUAGGCAAGUUGCUCGAGAAGAAAGCGGGUAAACCAUCUGCUGCAGCCCGCAAUGUUGACGCUCGGAUGCCUAAGGAGUCGGCUUCAGUCCCACAAACCGAUUCUCAGUUGCCUACUUCCCAAGUUGAUGCUACACAUGGUGUCCUAACCAAUGGUGCUAUGGUCACCACGUACCAAUCCAACGAGGAAAAUCUUCAAGGCAAGCAGAUGCUUGGAUCUUCUUUUGAAGCUGCGUAUAUGGGAGCUGAGGCAUCUGUUGGCAUAGAGAAUGCUGGGGAGAGUUCGUUUUUCUCUAUUCUGCAUGGAACUGUUCCUGAUGUGGAUGCUGUUGCUGGCGACAUUUUAGGGCGCCCAACUAAUGAUGCUGGAACAGAGGAAGCUUCUAAUUCUAUGGAGAAUCCUCUGGUUGCAUCUUCCGAAGAUGUCUGUUAUGAUUUAGAUCACAUUGGUAUCACUCAUACUGAAUCUGCAAACAAUGGUUCAAUGACUGCAAUUCAGGAAGAAAAUGAACACUUUACAUCUUCUGCUGUCGUUUGUAAUGUGCAUUCUGACACAUAUUCCAAUCAAGUUGGGAAUGUUGGGAGAAACUCCAUGAUGUUUGAUUCUCAGUAUGUACGCUCUGACCUUGAUGAUCCCAAUGAUGUGCUCGCAGAUUCUGUGUCUACUGGCUCACUGCUGGACAACCAACGUGGCCAAUCAUUCACUCCCCUUCAACAAGAUCAGUUAAUUUCCAAUGCUUGUAAUGCUAUAGAAGAACCACCAUUUUCGAGCUAUCCAUUUCCUCAGAAUGCAUAUGAUACGAACCUUGAGAUGGGAGAGGCAGAUGAACGAGAGCAAGCAGUUGGAUCUAGCAUGAAUGAUGAGCUUUUGGGAGAUGUUGACAAGGAUGAAAUAUUUCACGCACCUGAUCUGGAUGGUGAAACUAGCAGAGAAUCAAAAUCCAUAAGAAAAACAAGGAAGAGAAAAGAUACUCCUCUUAGCCAUAUAGAUGAAGCAAGUGCUGAAAGUAAAGAUGAACUUACUGGAACUGCUUAUGAACCCUCAGACAGUGCUGGAGUGGAUGAGAGUGGCAGUGAUGAAGAUUUCUCUGAGGGUAAUGUCGUCAAGCGGAAAAGGGUGGCUAAAGGCAAGAGGCAACUUCCUGAGGAACCAAAGCAAAAGCAAAAAAAUCACCCUAAUUCAAAGCGAAAGGCAGAGGCUAAUGAAGGUCCUAAUUCAAGCAAAAAAGAACCCAAGAAGAAGUUUUCUCACUCCACCAGACGAACCAGGAAGCUGAUGGAUGAAACCUUACUGGAAACCCCUGAAGAUGAAAUCAACCCCCGAACACUCAUCUUGAAAGAUCUUAUCUUGCUUGCUGAGAUGAAGGAGAAGAAAUUGAACAAAGCAGCAGCAGUUGGUAGCUCUGUCACUCCUGAAGGAGAUGCAGCUGGCUUUGAAGGAGUUGCUGGGGAUGGGACAUUUCAACGUCACUCACCAAGUCUAAAUGGAGAUGGUGACGAAAUUAAUCAAACAGAUGAAUCAACACGUCCUAAACUCAACUACCACUCAUACAUGAAAAGAACACCAUCUCAGAGAUGGUCAAAUGCAGAUACUGAAUUGUUUUACAAGGCACUUCGACAGUUUGGAACUGAUUUUGAAAUGAUCCGGAAACUUUUUCCAGGCCGUACAAGACAUCAAGUGAAAUUAAAGUACAAGAAGGAAGAAAGGAAACAUCCUUUGCAGCUUGCUGAUGCUUUGGUUAACAGAUCAAAAGAUCAUACCCAUUUUCAGCUGGUGAUUGAUCAAUUGCAAUCUCAGGCAGAAUCUGUGUCCUGCAAAAGUACUGGAUCACCAGAUAUAGAUGGACAAACAGGGGAAGCUGAUAAUCACUUCAAGGAUUACAAUAAUCUUGGUUCUCAUGAAACUCGUGAUAUUGAUGAAUGGAGCCAUGAAGUUUUUGACAACACUUCACCUGAUUAUGUAGGAAAAGAUGAUUACAGUGACUACUAUCAAUGAAUCAACAUUUGAAUAAAGCUUCUCAGGGUGCAGGUUUCCAAGUUGAAGCACAAAGCUAUACGAAGUAUAACCUGGAAGUUAGUAAAACUGGCCUUGUAGAGCCCAAUCACUGGGUGAUCUGACCGGAUUGUGGCCAACUAAGCUACAGAGCCGGAUCGGUUGUGCUGGGGCUAUUACCUACGUGUCUGGGUUGAGAUCUUCAGAUACUGGAGAAAAUUGGAACUUCCAAGCUCUGUUUAUGGAGUUCCCUAAACUGGUGGUUCUCCUAUUCAUCAAACAUCCCCCCUUUGUUUUCUUGAUUUCACACCUUUGUCACUUACUGAACUUUCUUCUUCUUCUUCUUCUUCUUCUUCCUCCUCUACCAAUACACUGGCCACAUUGUCACUACUAAACUUGGUGAGGAAGUCCUUGCCUCCUCCACUUAAUUACGAAACAAAGUGUUGAGAAAAGGCAAUAAAGACUUCCAUGUGCCACCAAUGCCAGGAUGGUAUCCUUGACUGCCUUGUGAUAUAUAUCUGCAACCGCCACCCUUGUUAGAAGGUGAACUCAUGGUCCAUAUAAUGAUCAGCAAUAAUGUGAGCAGAAACACAGUUUCCUGGCUGCUCCUUCCAUCCACAGUGGAGUGAUGUUAGGGUUGAAAUCUUCUGGUUGAAGCACAGCUCCGUUUGCUACAGGAGUACAGGGUACUGCUCCAGAAUUAAUAUGCCAUGUUAUGCUAUUCUAAAUUGGUCUAUGGAUAUGUGAGUGCUGAAAACAUGCAGGUGAAGGAGAGGCUUUUGGCUUUAUGCUUACUGGAAAUUUGGGGUGCGACAAUGAGGAUGAUAAGGAUUGUCAACAAGCAGUGAGCAUCAUAAGCUGUAAUUUCUGGUUCAUGUUAGAGGGGUGAUGAGGGGUUAAUUCAGCAGGUUCUCUUGUUUUGGGUGAGCUAAACUGUAGGUUCAGACAAGGGGCAAUUUUUGGUUUCUCAGGUGCCAGGUGGAGUGUGAUUUUCUAGUUCAGAACACAAAGAUAGAGGGCUUGAGUUUCUAGAAAGAGCUCUCUGUUGGCUUGAGAUAGGAUCAAGGGUUUCUCAUGGGAAAGUUUGGAUCUAGUAAACUUUCCAUGAACCGACAAUGUGAUUGUGCUUUAAUGGUGGAUUGACUGUUCAUGCUCGACUGCGGUCUUCUCAGAUGCUCAGCAGAUGCAUAGGGAGUCUCAGGCAGAAGCAUGUAUCGUGCAUCCUGUUCAUUUUGACCCUUUCAUAUUUAUGCUAUUUAAUGUCAGACACAACAUGCUGCACUGACUUCCAUCCCAAAGGCAUUGACGCCUACAUGUUAAUUACUAUUGGUGUUUUAAGUUUUAACCGGUAGAUUUUAGUGUCAAGUCUUGAAAAGAUAAGUGGGGAAUGUAUUUAUCACCGAAUUUGUACCGGAAUGAACUGUAUUUUGUGAAUGGAUGUUAGAUAACCUAUAAGCGGUUUAAGAUACACAAAUGAUACGAUCAGCUGUUACUGAUCCAGGGAAGAUACAUGUAAAGUCUUGAGAUCAUAGCUGUCCACUUUCUGAGAUAGAUUUUUCAUCUAUGUUUGCUAUUAGAUGCUACUCUUGCUGAAUUUUGGAUUCUCGGUCUAUAGAAAUCUUAUUUUUGUUUCUGGAUCCACA